AUAGAGUCCUCUUCCACUUUCACAUUUUUUCUUAUCAUAUCACUCAAACUUUCCAAAUACCACUAAGAUAUUUUUUUUUUAUAUAUCAUAUGGUCCAUCAUUUCUCUACCAAAACUUCUCUUUCAUUUCUUCCUCCUCUCAAAAAAUAUUCAUAUUACAAAAAUUUUAUCAUAUAAUAUAAUUAAUUAAAUGUCCAACAUCUUAUUGUUAUUGUUUGAUACUCAUGUAUCCAAUUCUCAGUGAAAUUUUCUUUUCUGGUUGCAUGAUCAAUUCCACUGUUAGGCGCAGGACCCAUUUAGUUCAAUCUUUCUCUGUUGCUUUUCUCUAUUGGCUUUACUACGUUUCAUGAUUUUUAAUCUCUCUUAGUUUAAUCCUAUAUCAUAAUAAUUAAUUAAUAUAUCUAUAUAAUAAAACUACAUAAUAAUAUUUCUGCUGUAUUUUUCUGAGUUUGUUAGUUAAAUUUCUAGUAUUUGGGUCCUGCUAGUGUUUUUAUUUUUGUUAUUAGUACUAAUUAUUAUUAAAAGGGUCAUUAAGUUAAUUAAUAUAUAUCUCAUCAUGGCUUCAUCAAGUGGAACAUCUUCAGGUUCAUCUCUGCUACAAAACUCAGGUUCAGAAGAAGAUUUACAGUUGUUGAUGGAUCAGAGAAAGAGGAAGAGGAUGAUAUCGAACCGCGAAUCAGCUCGUCGGUCACGGAUGAGGAAACAGAAGCAUUUGGAUGAUCUUGUUUCUCAAGUUUCUAAACUGAGAAAAGAGAAUCAAGAAAUACUCACAAGUGUUAAUAUCACUACUCAACAGUGUUUGAGUGUUGAAGCUGAAAAUUCAGUUUUGAAGGCACAGAUGAAUGAGUUGAGUAAUAGGUUGGAAUCUUUGAAUGAAAUUGUUGGUGCUAUGAAUUCAAGCAAUGGAGUUUUUGGAGCUUCAACUACUUUUGUUGAGCCAAAUAAUGGUUUUUUCUUCAACUCUUUGAAUAAUAUGUCUUAUAUGAAUCAACCUAUUAUGGCUUCUGCAGACAUUUUGCAGUACUGAGACGGAUCUGGAUUCCCUGCUGUAACAAAAUCACAUUGCAACAUAGUAAAUAAUGUCGACCAUUAAUUUGAGAUCAGACACCUCAAAUUAACAAUGACAAAAUUAAUUUAAAAUAUUCUACGAUGGUCGAGAUUGAAAACUGUGUGAAAGGGUUAUGCUCUUGGGAACCUACUUCAAGAAUUGUUGAUUUCUUUUGAUUUGAGUUAGUUGAUGAGUAAUUGUAAUGACCUAUAAUACCAAAAAUGGUGAUAAGGAAUAAGUGAAUUGUGUGUAUCAUAAAGAGCAAAGGGUUGUUAGGUGUUGGUUCUUUGAAUGGGGUCUAAUGGAGGCAUUGGCCAAUAUAUUAUUUGUUUGUCACCUACCAUUGCUAUAUUAUAUUAUUAAUAUUGUAAUAUUUACCAAGUUUUUCAUGCAUUUAAUUAAUAAUUAUCUCUUGUCUUUUA